GGGCGGUAAGCCUGUGUGCGGUGGUUGGAGGAAAGGGCGUCACCAUCUGUUCCUCAUUCCCAGAUCAGUGAAUUAGUAGCCCGAUGUGAUGAGAUCAGCUGGAUCAGCUUUCACGGCAGGGCAUUGCACUCGUUUCAUCUGGAGACUUCUCCAUCUGGGCUGCCGGUCUCUCUUUUUCUCUCUCUCUCAGUCACUGAAAGCAAGGUCUUUUAACACUACCCUGUGAUGGAACGGUACAUGCUUUACCAGAAGUGAUUACUGUCUUUAGCCUGCAUGUUUUGCUUUAACUGCUUUGUCUGCCUGUCUGACUUCACACGGAGUCGGGAACCCCUUUUGGUGCUGACUACGACGCUGAUAAGUGUUUCCCACAGCUUCUGCAAUGCAAGUUGAAUUGGUCCAGGAUUCUGGCUUUCUCCCUCUUUCUUUUAUUUGUUUUCUCUAAGCUGCUUUUCCUCACCUGAAAGUGCAUCUGAGCUUGUAUACAGCUAGUGGAAUUUCUGCAAAAGUUUCAUGGACAACACAGCAUGUUUUUGAGUUAGGUCUAUCCUGGACCUUCUAAUUCUGCUCCAAAAUACUGGCAGGUUUUAUGAUCUACUUGAAGGAACUUGUUCUCUGACUGCGAAUAGGAGAAGUAAAUCAGUCUGCUUGUCACACUGUUGGAUGACUGAAGAGCUUACAUGAGGUAACAGCAGGACAAGACAACCAUCUCAGUGGUUUUUAAGCCAAGAAAUGGGCCAGAAAAUCUCAGGGAAUAUAAAGUCUGUGGAUGUGAGGGAACCAGCCUACAGGCCUGUUAAGCGAGAAUUGCGAGGUCCUGACUUUUGCAAACCAACUCGACUUGAUAUGCUGCUGGACAUGCCGUCAGCUUCUCGAGAAGUUCAGCUCAAACAUGCUUGGAAUAAUGAAGACCGUUCUCUGAACAUUUUUGUAAAAGAAGAUGACAAGGUAACCUUUCACAGACAUCCAGUAGCCCAGAGCACAGACUGUAUCCGAGGUAAAGUUGGGUAUACUCGAGGCCUUCAUGUCUGGCAGAUCCACUGGCCUACAAGGCAAAGAGGAACGCAUGCAGUUGUUGGAGUGGCAACAUCAGAAGCUCCAUUGCAUUCUGUGGGAUACACCUCGUUAGUUGGCAGCAAUAAUGAAUCGUGGGGCUGGGACUUGGGUCGCAACAAACUAUAUCACAACAGUAAAAAUCAGCCAGGAUCAACUUACCCAGUGUUUUUGGAGCUAGAUGAAUCUUUUGUUUUGCCAGAUAGUUUCUUAGUCAUUUUGGACAUGGAUGAAGGAACGCUGAGUUUCAUAGUGGAUGGACAGUAUCUAGGUGUGGCCUUCAGAGGACUAAAAGGGAAAAAAUUGUACCCAAUAGUCAGUGCGGUCUGGGGGCACUGCGAAAUAACAAUGAGGUACAUCAAUGGACUAGACCCGGAGCCAUUGCCUUUAAUGGACUUGUGCCGAAGAUCCAUUCGCCUUUCUCUUGGCAGAGAGCGACUGCAUGAAAUAGAAACGCUACCAAUGCCGGUUUCUCUGAAGAAUUAUUUACAAUACCAGUGAUGAAUAAACUGGUACUAAAUUAAAAAAAAAUCAAUGCAAAGAGAUGGAAAGCUGCAGUUUACAUCAUAUUUUAAUCUGUGGAGGACACCGUAGUUGUUUGAAAUAGUGACUUCCAAAUAGAGUAUGUUUAGCAGAACCAGAAUUAGGAGAUUCCAUCAUCUGAAUUAAGAGAAUUAUUUCAAACAGUGUUUUAAAAAAAAAUCCUAUUUUAACAGCAAAACAGUACCUCAUUAUGAUAUCCUCUUCAUCCAGGAAGCCUUUAUAUGCAUAUGUAAUUUAGCUUGUUGUCCCUUUUAAAUUUCAUUGUUCAAAUGCAUUCUGUGAUAUUAACAAGGUAGUCGCUUGAGGAUAUCUCCUUGUAAUUGUUUUUUUCCAUUUGAAACUGAACACAAGUUAAAGAGAUUCUUGAAUUCGAUGAUCAGUUGACACACGCCAUCAAAGGGGCUAUUAAAAUAGCAAAAUGCAGAGAUAUUGGCAUGAAUACUUUCACUGUGCUAUUAAUUUUAGCAUGACUGAAUUGAGAUCUGGCUGUUCAGGUACGGUGAAAAUGUAUGCCUCUGAACCUGUAUGCAGGAGCUUCUAGUGGCAAAUUUCCUCAGGAAGCUUUGCAUGAAUUUUAAAACACUACUGGAAGAUCACACAAUAUUCAAUCUUAAAGCUCAAGUCACUUUUUUAACUGAACAAAGUUUUAGAAAAGCUUUUACUUCAUUCAGGCUUGUAAACUUUGUUUACUGCAAUGUACUGUUGUGUGUGGAAUAGUUCGUCUGUGCAGAGUAUGUGAGACUAUUAUAACACUGCUCCAUACCAGUCCUUUCACUGGUGGAGUUCAGUCAUUUCACUACUGCUCAGACCAGAACUAUUUAAGAUGCUGCUGCUUAAUUUUCUUGAAUCUGUUUUAAUAGUGUCUGCCUGAUCAAUUUAUUUAGUUUUUAAACUGGAAGUUUUUGCAUUUGUAGGGUGUCGAAUGUAAGGAUGGUGUUGCCUUCAGAGUUUUAAAUGUGAAUUCACUGAAUGACAAAGUUUCUAAUAAAGUUUACUGUCCC